UUUUUAUUUACCAAGGCUUGUGUUGAACAUCAACAAACAUUAUUAUUAUUAUUAUUGCCCUGUAUUGCCAGUGCCGAACUGAACGCCAUAAAUAUUAAAUUCUCGACAAACAUGAUUACGGCCUAAAAGCCAACUGUCAAAAUCCAAUUUGAAUGGAAAUUCCGGACAAACCGUUACACGACAAUAACAAAUCUAGAGCUUUUUUUCAUUACAUCAUAUCUAACAGAAACGUCAAACGGAGAAAAUCGCGUUCAAAAAUUUCCUUGCAACUUUUAAAUUUUUUUAACAAAGCACACAGAAGGCUAUUAAAUCUGCUAUCACCUCGGCAUUUACUCCUUGCAGGAUCGUAUAAGCAUAUUACAUGUUUUUCGCGAAAAAUGAAUAUGUCUUCGAAACAACGGAAGCGAACCGAAGGUGACGUCUGUGCACAAAAAUUUCUUCGGAAUCGUCUCCUGAGGCUACCUAUGUUAACCGAUACUGAUGAGCGGACGUACAAAUGCGAGCUAUGUGGCAAAGGAUUCGUUCGGAAGUUUCUGCUUGAGCAACAUAUGUUUACUCACACUGGCGAGCGGCCGUACAAAUGUGAUAUUUGUGGAAAAUCAUUUAAUUCGGAGAGUAGUUUGAACAAACACAGAAAAAUUCACAAUGAUGAACGACCGCAUAAAUGCGAGGUAUGUGACAAAGGAUUUUUUCGGAAGUAUCUGCUUGAUCAACAUAUGUUAACUCACACUGGCGAGUUGCCGUACAAAUGCGAGAUAUGUGGCAAAGGAUUCGUUCGGAAGUUUCUGAUUGAGCAACAUAUGUUUACUCACACUGGCGAGCGGCCGUACAAAUGUGAUAUUUGUGGAAAAUCAUUUAAUUCGGAGAGUAGUUUGAACAAACACAGAAAAAUUCACAAUGAUGAACGACCGCAUAAAUGCGAGGUAUGUGACAAAGGAUUUUUUCGGAAGUAUCUGCUUGAUCAACAUAUUUUAACUCACACUGGCGAGCGGCCGUACAAAUGCGAGAUAUGCAGUAAAGGAUUCGUUCGGAAGCUUCUGCUUGAGCAACAUAUGUUAACUCACACUGGCGAGUUGCCGUACAAAUGCGAGAUAUGUGGCAAAGGAUUCGUUCGGAAGUUUCUGAUUGAGCAACAUAUGUUUACUCAUACUGGCGAGCGGGCGUGCAAAUGUGAUAUUUGUGGAAAAUCAUUUAAUUCGGAGAGUAGUUUGAACAAACACAGAAAAAUUCACAAUGAUGAGCGACCGCAUAAAUGCGAGGUAUGUGACAAAGGAUUUUUUCAGAAGUAUGUGCUUGAUCAACAUAUUUUAACUCACACUGGCGAGCGGCAGUACAAAUGCGAGAUAUGCAGUAAAGGAUUCUUUCGGAAGCUUUUGCUUGAGCAACAUAUGUUUACUCACACUGGCGAGCGGCCGUUCAAAUGUGAUAUUUGUCGAAAUUCAUUUAAUGCGAAGAGUAGUUUGAACAGACACAGAAAAAUUCACAGUGAUGAACGACCGCAUAAAUGCGAGGUAUGUGACAAAGGAUUUCUUCAAAAGUAUCUGCUUGAGCAACAUAUGUUUGCUCACACUGACGAGCGGCCGUACAAAUGUGAUAUUUGUGGAAAAUCAUUUAAUGCGGAGAGUAGUUUGAACAGACACAGAAAAAUUCACAGUGAUAAACGACCGCAUAAAUGCGAGGUAUGUGACAAAGAAUUUCUUCAAAAGUAUCUGCUUGAGCAACAUAUGUUAACUCACACUGGCGAGUUGCCGUACAAAUGCGAGAUAUGUGGUAAAGGAUUCGUUCAGAAGUUUUGGCUUGAGCGACAUAUGUUAACUCACACUGGCGAGCGUUCGUACAAAUGUGAAAUUUGUGGAAAAUCAUUUAGUGCGGAGAGUAGUUUGAACAGACACAGAAAAAUUCACAAUGAUGAACUACCGCAUACAUGCGAGCAUUAUUUUAGCAUUGGUACUAACAGCGAUCGUUCAAAAUUAUCUGAUUCACAUUGGGAGUUCAUGGAUCAGAUAAAUAUGUCUUCGAAACUACGGAAGCGAACCGAAGGUGACGUAUGUGCACAAGAAUCCCUUCGGAAUCGUCUCCUGGGGCGACCUAUGUUAACCGAUACUGAUGAGCGGCCGUACAAAUGCGAGAUAUGUGGCAAAGGAUUCGUACGGAAGUUUCUGCUUGAGCAACAUAUGUUUACUCACACUGGCGAGCGACUGUACAAAUGUGGUAUUUGUGGAAAAUCAUUUAAUGCGGAGAGUAGUUUGAACAGACACAGAAAAAUUCACAGUGAUGAACGACCGCAUAAAUGCGAGGUAUGUAGCAAAAGAUUUCUUCAAAAGUAUCUGAUUGAGCAACAUAUGUUAACUCACACUGGCGAGUUGCCGUACAAAUGCGAGAUAUGUGGUAAAGGAUUCGUUCAGAAGUUUUGGGUUGAGCGACAUAUGUUAACUCACAGUGGCGAUCGGCCGUAUAAAUGUGAUAUAUGUGAAAAAUCAUUUAACCGUCAGAGUAAUUUAAGUUUUCACAAAAAGAUACACAGUAAUGAACGACCGCAUAAAUGUAAGAUAUGUGGCUAA